AUGGCUUACCGAGAGUGUGCAACACUGGAAUUGAUUCAUGGUGCAAUGCUAGGAUCAAUGGCACUAGAGAUAAGGGAAAAUGAGCAUCUUCCCAGAGGUCUCCCCCUCCUGUUCCUGCAUUCCAGCAAGGAUCUCCAGGAACAUAUAAUCACAGCCGACGCACAGGAGAGCACAGAAGACAAGAGCAUUAAGGAACACAGAGAAGAAAGGCUCAGAUUGGAGUUCUUACAUUACUCAAGUAUGUCUGCUAACAGCACACAAGAUGCAUUCUACUUCAUCCUCACAGGCAUCCCAGGAUUUGAGGAUUGCCACAUCUGGAUUUCUAUCCCAUUCUGCUGCUUCUACAUCAUCUCCAUCAUAGGUAACACCGCCAUAUACACUGUCGUACACAUAGAGCCAUCUCUCCACCAGCCCAUGUACCUAUUCCUUUCCAUGCUGGCUCUGACUGACCUGGGUCUCACCCUCACCACCCUUCCCACCAUCAUGGGGCUGUUCUGGUUUAACAUUCACAAAAUCAGCUUUGAGGCCUGCUUUGCCCAGUUCUUCUUCCUCCAUGGAUUCUCCUUUAUGGAGUCUUCUGUCCUGCUAGCUAUGGCCUUUGACCGCUAUGUGGCCAUCUGCCAUCCCCUCCGUUAUGCUUCCAUCUUUACCAAUGAGAUCAUUGGUAGAGUCGGGUUCACCAUCAUCUGCCGCUGUGCCCUGGCUGUUCUUCCCUCCCUUUUCCUACUCAAGCGCCUGCCUUUCUGUGGCUCUCACCUUCUCUCUCACUCAUACUGCCUCCACCAGGACAUGAUUCACCUGGUCUGCGCUGACACCCAGCUUAACAAUUGGUAUGGAUUUGCUCUAGUCUUACUCAUCAUUGUAAUGGACCCUCUACUUAUUGUGCUGUCCUACGCAAUGAUUCUGAGAAGUGUCCUAAGGAUAUCCUCCAUGACUGAGAGACUCCGUGCUCUCAACAACUGCUUGUCCCACGUUCUGGCUGUUAUGACACUUUAUGUCCCCAUGGUUGGUGUAUCUAUGACUCACCGCUUUGUCAAGCACAACUCUCCACUGGUCCAUGUUAUCAUGGCCAAUGUGUACCUGCUGGCACCUCCUGUAAUGAACCCCAUUAUUUACAGUGUCAAGACCAAGCAGAUUCGGCAUGGAAUCAUCCAUCUCCUUUGCCCCCACACUGUACACUCGAGAAAAUGA